GUACCGGCCCGCGCCGGAGAGGCACUGGCAGUGCCAGUGCGAGCAGCGGAAUGGCAGGAACAGCUUCAAUGCACUCCGGAUCAAACUUGAUGAAGCACUGCAGGCGCACCAGGUAGACGCAGACAUACGAUCCACGGUAGCGGCCAUCCAUGCAGAGGCUGCGUACAAAGUUGUGGAUCGCUUCCAGCAAACGUCGGUUGCCACAACGCAAGGUAUCCGCCAAGGUUGUCGCCUGGCGCCGGCCUUAUGGGCCAUACUCUCGUCGCAAGUCCUGUGGGACCUGACCACACCCGAGGAGAAUCCUAUGCAACUUCCGCUCACACUCUAUGCAGACGACCAUCUGGGGCAUUGGCUUCUGAAAACGACGGAGGACAUCAAAAACAUGGAUGCCUUCAUUGUUAAGCUUUUCAGCACCCUUGAAUCAUAUGGGCUUAUGGUUAAUCCGGAAAAAUCUAGCCUUGUGAGUAGAGUUCAGGCGUAUCGGCUCAACAAGCUUGUGCGCAGCCGAACGGUCUUUGUAAAACAACAACCACACUGGAAAAUAAGAGACAAAAACAUGGAGUUUCUUAUUCCCAUCUGCGACACGAUCACUUAUCUGGGUACCAAGCUAUCCCUCAAGGAGAGCUCUGACCCGACUCUGGACUUCCGAAUUGCGGAAGCCGCGUCCAAGGUCACAGCGCUGCGGAAAAGCAUCAGGGCUGAACCAACAUCACAGACGCAGGCGCAGGAGAUCCUAGUCCGGAAAGAGUUCUCCAGCACCUGCAACAGCACGAAGGAGUCCUCACACAGGCCGAUCUCCACCGUGCACAGCUGGAAUGCGGAGCAGAAGAAGGCCCUGCCAUCAAGCAAGGACAACCUCUCCCACGAUCAGGCCAAGCAAGCCGUAGCCAACCUGCUGAGGAACACGGCGAAGGACGGCGUUGUGCAUCGGCUCCAGAGCCUCAAGCCACUCCGCCCGGACCUACAGGCAGAUGUCGUAGUGAUGCUCCUGACCCUGACCAUCCAUCAACAUGCAGCAGAGGUCUACCGAGACCUGGACCUGCUGGCCAACAACUGCGCAGGCAAGGUGAUCGGACUUCGGCUACGCGGAGAAAGGGUCAGCAAGACGUCCCUGGCGAAGGAGACAACACUGAGUCGGCCACGGCCCACUGCGCACCAAUCGGGCUCGACAAGUGGGAAGCAGAGGGAAGUGCGGUCUCCGCUGCCCUCAGACAUUGCAGGCAAAAGCGCAGUAUCUCGUCCUUCUUUCAGGGGCGAGGCUCGGUUCAGGCACGGAUGA